AUGCUCUUUCUCGUAUUCAAGUAUUUUGUCAGCGCGUUUCUUUCUCAACUGCGGCUAACACACAAGGUGCAGACGGUGGCUUUCCUCAUCGGAAAAUGCAUCUACAACCUGUUUUUCCACCCUCUUCGCCACUACCCAGGACCCUUCCUAUGUCGGGCCAGUCGCGUCUUUUAUCUCUUCUGGGACAUCCGCGGCCUGAGCCACUGGAAGGUGAAGCAGUGGCAUGACCGGCAUGGCGAGGUGGUGCGCAUCUCGCCGGACGAGCUGUCCAUGACCCACCCCGAGGGGUGGUCCGCAGCGUACGGGUUCGGGGCGGGCGGCUUCGACAAGGACCCCAAGUGGUGGAACAAGAACGUCGGGGGAGUCGACAACAUCCUGACCGCCGACGACCGAGGGCACCGGCGCAUGAGGAGGCUGCAGAACCCAGCUUUCUCCGACAGGGCGCUGAGGAGCCAGGAGCCCAGCAUGACGAGGUACGUCGACAUGCUCAUUCGACAGCUCCACGGCCAGUCCUCCUCCGCGGGACCCGUCGUCGACAUCAACCUGUGGUACAGCUUCACCACCUUUGACCUGAUCGGUGACCUGGCCUUUGGCGAGCCCUUCCACUGCCUCCGGGACGGCCAGUGGCACUGGUGGCUGACGGCCGUCUUUGACAUCUUCAAGGCCGGCACCUACAUCCGCGCCGCCAGGCGGUUCCCCACCGUUUUGUACUAUGCCAUUCUGUUGUGCAUAGUGCCAAAGGAGCUGCUGCAGAUGCGUGAGCGGCAGUACAAGUUUGGCGUUGAGCGUAUCAACCGGCGACUGGAGCAAACGAACACGGACAAGGCCGACUUUAUCACUCACACUGCCUUCCUCUUCCUCCUCCUCCUCCUCCUCCUCCUCUCUCUCCCAUCAGUGUCGUAUAUUCUCCAGGCAGACGACGAAAAGGGAAUGACGGUCGAGGAAAUGUACACGUCGGCCCAGGUCCUCAUCGUGGCCGGCAGCGAGACCACCGCCACCGCCCUGACCAGCGGCACGUACUUCAUCCUCUCGAACCCGCACGUCCACGCCCGCCUGCGUGCUGAGCUCGACGCCGCGUUCGCCUCCGAGGCCGACAUCACCCUGCAGUCGACCCAGCGCUCCCGCCUGCCUUACCUCCACGCCGUCAUCGACGAGACGCUGCGCAUCUUUCCUCCCGGCCCCGGUGCCUUCCCGCGCGUGGUGCCCGACGGCGGGAGGACCAUUCUGGGUCGCUUCGUCCCCGGAGGCACCACCGUCGGCAUGCACCAUCUGUCCGUCGGGCGGUCCAGAGAGAACUACGUGCUGCCGGACGAGUUCCACCCCGAGAGGUGGCUGGCCGAGGACAAGAGGUUCGACCGUGACCGGAAAGCUGCGUCGCAGCCCUUUUCGUUUGGGCCCAGAAACUGCAUCGGAAAGAAUCUCGCACUCGCCGAACUGAGACUCAUUCUGGCCCGCAUGUUUUGGAAUUUUGACAUGGAACUCUGUCCAGAGUCCAAGGGCUGGGCGGACAGGCAGCAAAUGUACACAACCUGGAAAAAGACGGAACUGCCCAUCAAAAUCUCCCCAAGGAUACGAUAG